GCUACACGAGGACCAGAAACAAGUUCGCGAAGUACUUCCUUCCAUGUUGAUGUUGAUGCGGACCGACGUGCCGCUGUGACUUAAGGCUAAACAUGGACAUUUGUAUUCUGAAGAAGAAAUACGGAAUCAUGUUGCGUAGCCUUUUGAACUAUUCGAAAACUCAAAAUAACCGAAUUAUACUGACUGAAAUAAGGGAGGUAGCUUGUCAUCAAGGCUACCCAUCCUUGUUUUCAGUAGUUACUCGCUUACUUUCAAUAGUUACUCGGUUAUUUUCAAUAGUUACUCGGCAAUAUAAGAAAGAACGAACCCACCAAGUGCAGAAUGCCCAAGAUGACUACCCAAACAUGUAGUUUCUCUCUAAGCCAUAAGGGCUGGCAGACUGCUACGAGACAUUCGAGCGUUCUCCGAGAGCGUGGAACAGUGUUGGGAUCUAGUGCGGGACCUAGUCCAAACAGAAGCUGAAGCCGCAG